AUGCAGACUGCUUCUGCAAACAUUUGUGAAAGAAUGGAUCGCUCUCAGGAGCUCAGUGACGCCAAGCGUGGUACAGUGAUAAGUUGUCACCUGUGCAAUAAGUCCAUCCGUGACAUUUCCUUGCUGCUAAAUAUUCCACGGUCACCUGUUAGUGGUAUUAUAACAAAGUGGGAGCAACUGGGAACAACAGCAACUCAUCCACCAAGUGAGCGGGGUCAGCGCAUGCUGAAGCACACAGUGCGCAGAAGUCGCUGUCUGCAGUCAAUAGCUAAGGACCUCCAAACUUGGUGUGGCCUUCAGAUCAUCACAACAGUACGUAGAGAGUUUCAUGGAAUGGGUUUCCAUGGC